AUUGCACCAGCUGAUGAUGAGGAUGAAAGGUCAAACAACAAAGACUUAAAUGUGAAAAUUAAUUUAUCAGACAGUCUGUAUCUGAAGAAAUCAGACAGCCUAAUGACUAGAAUAUAAUCAACUAAAAAUAAUAAUAUUGCUAUCUUAUCUUAAACCGCAAUGACAAUACAAAUUAAAUAGAUAUAGAUAUAGAUACAACUCACUAUAAAUGAAUGGCGACCUUAAUUAAAACUUCAGUUUUGAACAAAAUAUUAUAAUCAAAAUGGCACAACACAACUUUGAAGGCGACGUUGGCAACUUAAACGAACACCAAAUACAAUUCAUCAAUAAAGUGAUUGAAGAACAAGGAUUGAGUGUCAAGAAAGUAGUUUUCCAACCAGUUGGUAAAGCUGGUGAUAAUUUUGUUGCAAAUGUGAAGAGAAUCAACAUAGAAGGAGAAAAUGGAAGCCUCAAGAUGGUUGUUAAAAUAGCUUCUCAAAAUGAAUUUGUUCGUCAGAGCACGAAUACAGGAAUAUCAUUUAACAAUGAGAACUUUAUGUACACGGAGGUGUUACCAAAGCUGGUGUCACUGCAGAAGGCAGCAGGAGUACCAGAAGAAGAACAUUUAAGAUACGCUAAAUGCUUCGGAGCUCUGAGUGAAGCACCUAACGAAGUGGUAAUGUUAGAAGAUUUGAAUGAAUCAGAAUUUAUUAUGUUGGAUAAGUUUAAGUCCUUGUCGGACGAGUGUGUAAGGAGCAUCCUAAAAAACUUUGCGACGCUGCAUUCUCUUUCUUACGUGUUGAAAACUAAAGAACCAGAAACAUACAAUCAGUUUACAACCAAAUUGAUUAAUUUAUGGGAUAUCCUUGCAAGGAAUCCAGUGUUAACACAACAAUUCGCAAACGGCACAAUAAUGUUGCUAUCGGUUCUUGAUAAUGACGAACACAAGAAUAUAGUAAGGAGUAAAAUCGAGAAAAUAUUUGAACUGAUGCUGCAGCUUUCAGAGAAUGCUUUAACUGAUGAAUCAUCGGUUAUACAACAAGGCGAUGCUUGGACAAACAAUAUGAUGUUUAAGUUCAAGGGACAAAAUCUUGUAGAAUCAAUAAUGAUUGACUACCAAGGAUCAAAGAACGGCAACCCUGUAAUGGAUCUCCUUUUUAUGAUCUUUAACUGCACUGACCAUGAGACAAGGUCAAAGCACUACUACGACUGGUUAGACUACUACCACUCAGAACUUGACCGUUCCUUAUCCUACUUUGAUUUGUCAGCAGAUUCAGUUUAUCCAAGAAGGAAAUUAGAUGCUGAUAUAAAGAAAUACAAAGAAUUAUUAUUCGCGAUAUCUAUUAUGUUGACCAAUAUUUUUACAAGGAAUACAGAAGAGGCUGCUGAGAUGAUGGAGACCCUUAACAAUACUAGUUUUGAUGAGGCCAUUGAAGUGCUGGCGAAUACUGAAAUACCAAAGGACACUGCAGCUCGAGCUAAAAAGCGAAUCACGGGGAUUAUUGAAAGUUUUAUCGAGUUAGGGUUAAUAUAAAAUAUGGAAGGUUCUAUUAAUCAUGUAAUUUAAUUGAUUUGUUUAUAUUAUGUGGUUUUUUAUCAUGAUUAGUUUGCAAACUGUGAUCAAUUGAGUAUUGUCGAGAUUUUUAUUAUUUUAGACUUUUAAUUUUUGGGUUUUAAUGUGCUUUUUUAUGAAUUCAGAAUGAAUGUGGUCCGUGUGGUAUGUUAUUGUAUAUUUAGUGUAAAAUAGUGCAUUUUUUUUUUUUUUAAUAAAAGAAAUGUUGUAAUUGAA